AUGAGCGGACGAAAUACGCUCAUAAUUCAGCCCUCCAAGGAAGCCCCCGGAACGAUUCACCUCCUCCCCUGCCAUGUAAAAUAUACCGGCAGCGCAAACGCUACGAAGCAUUGGGUUGUGAAUGCCGGAGAAGUUGACGGUUUUUAUUUCACUCUCUUUUUUAUUCAUUCACGCUUGGUUGAGAUGUGCUAAUUGGGGGUGUGGCGUGGGGUUGGUUGGAUUGGGUUCAAUAGGAACUAAGGUUGCGCAUUUUCGCGGGAGGAGGUUGAUUGGGAAGGGGGUUUCGCUGCCCGAGGGGUAUUCUGGUUUGUUAGCCAGUGGAUUUGAUUGGAUGGAUAGAAUUGAGGGCAAAGGGCUAAUAAUGGAUUGGGGGGUAGGGCAUGUAUUAACGGUUACGGAUGAAGCCCCUACGGAUGUGAUCGAGAGGUCGAAGAGGAAUCGGCCGGUGGAAGAGGAAGAGGGAGAGGGAGAGGGAGAGGAGGAAAAGGGAGAGGUUAGAAUAUUUAAGGGGUUGGCGAACUUUGACCAUGUUGUGGUUUGGGGUCAUGAUAUAGCGCCAGAGGAGGAGUAUGUUAUAAAGGGGAUGGAUGAAUGGAUUGGGCUGGCGAGCAAGGUGUGUGUUUUUUCUGCCGGCCUGGUGUUUUGGGCUUUUUGGAUCUAACGGUUUGCAGAUUCACGGCUUUGAAGACGAGGACGAGGAGUCGAAGUAG